ACAAUUAAUAAUAAUAAUUGUUUUCAGUAUAAAUAACAGUAGUUAUGAACCGUUUAAUUAGUUCAUAGUUUGAAGUUGAGGCAGUUGACAUUUUUCAAACAGUUUGCAAAGUUAAGACUCUCUAGAACCUACAAAAAUGGCUUCUGAAAAAUUUUCGUUACCAGACAAUUUUAUGCUUGGAACUGGAUCAAGUGCUUACCAAAUUGAAGGUGCAUGGGAUGCAGAUAAUAAGGCUCCUAGUAUCUGGGAUCAUUAUUUCCAUACUAAAAAUUUUUUAGUCUCUAAUCCAGGAGAUCUUCUGACAAAAGCCCAGAAGAAGAAAUUUCCUAUAUACCACAAAGGAACGGAUCUCCACGCUUUAGAUGCAAUCCGUGGCUACUCAUUUUUGAAUGGAGAUAUUGCUUGUGACUCUUAUAAUCAACUUGAUGAAGAUAUUAAAAACUUGGUUGAACUUGGAGUAAAUACAUACCGGUUUUCAAUAAGCUGGCCAAGAGUUUUGCCAUUUGGUGAUGAUCGAACCGUAAACGAUCUUGGAGUUCAAUAUUACAAGAAGUUAAUUAAAAAACUUAAGGAUAACAAAAUUACACCAGUGGUAACAAUUUAUCACUGGGACUUACCGGUCAGUCUUCAAGAGCUUGGUGGAUGGGCCAAUUCGAUCAUUAUUGAAUACUUUACAAAUUACUCAGAUUUUCUUUUCAAAACAUUUGGCGCAGAUGUAAAGAUAUGGACUACAAUUAAUGAACCAAGAUUAGUAGCUAUGGCUUAUGGUAAUGAGGGUAUGGCGCCCAGUGUAGGUGAAACGUUUAGCGGAAUCGCUGAAUACUUGGUCAUACGUAAUUUAUUACUUGCUCACGCAAAAGCUUAUAGGUUGUACGAGAAAGACUACGCCCCAUCACAAAAGGGUGAGAUCAGUAUAUGUUUUGACACAGCAGCAUAUUUUCCAAAAAAUCCGGAACUAGAAGCUGACAAAAAUGCUGUUGAUAAAGCAUUCGAUUUUAUGCUUGGAGUAUUCACUCAACCAUUGGUAAACGGUACAUUUCCACAAUCAUUGUUAGAUUCGAUCGCUAAAACAAACAAAGAAGAAAAAAUAACUAAACAUAUCAAGCGUAUCGUUGAAUUUACCGAGGAAGAAAAAACUGAUCUCAAAAAAUCAUACGAUUUUAUUGCUUUCAAUUAUUAUGAUUCGUUCAAAGUACAAGCUAUGACUGAGGCUGAUUUCAAAGAAGAAGCAGGUUUACUAAAUAAAGAUUUAGGCGUGAUUCUUUCUCCAAAUUCAGACAACUUAAAAGAAACCUUUGAGGGAUUUACCAAAGUGAUCAAAUGGCUUGUAGAUCACGUAGACAAUCCGAAACUGUUUAUUGCUGAAAAUGGUAUUUCUGAGAAACCAAAUGUAGAUCAAAGUGAAUUGAAAAUUGAAUAUCAUCAUGGCAUUUUGACGGAACUUGACAAAGCCUUAAAGGAAGGUGUUGUUAUUACAGGGUAUUGUGUCUGGUCGUUUAUGGAUUCGUUGGAAUGGACUAGUGGAUAUUUUAGCAAAUCGUUUGGUAUAUAUGCAGUGGACUUCAACAACCCAAAAAGGCCCCGUUCCAAGAAGAAGUCAUUCGAUUUCUUCAAAACAGUUUUCACACAAAAAACAUUGCCAGCUCUUAAAUCUAAGAAAUAAUAUCACUAUGAAUAAAUGAUUUAUUUUAAAAGGCUUACACAUACAUAAUAUUUAUGCUUAAAUUUCGAUUUAAAUUAUCGUCGUAGUUGAACGAAAUAUGUUAAAAUAUACAGAUGAAAAUAUAUUAAAUAUACUUAUAACUAAAAA